AUGAAUACUCAACUUGAAGAUUAUCGGUCACAUUGUCAAGCUUGUCUAACUUAUAAAAAACAGAACUGUAAGGAACCGUUAAUGCAACAUGAAGUACCAAAUAGGGCAUGGUCUAAAGUAGGAAUAGACGUUUUUAACUUCGGAACAAAAUCGUUUGUCCUCAUAACAGACUACUAUAGUAAAUUUGUAGAAUUAAUAAAAAUUAAUUGCUUAAAGUCAGAAUUAAUUGUUAAAAAAAUUAAACAAGUUUUUAGUAGACACGGUAUACCCGAAAUAGUUAUGACCGAUAAUGGCCCUGAGUUUGCAUCUAACACUUUUCGUGAAUUCUCACAUGAUUGGAAAUUCCAGCAUGUGACGUCAUCGCCGAGAUAUCCUCAAUCUAACGGUCAGGUCGAGCGUGCCAUACAAACAAUUAAAAAUAUGAUGAGAAAAACGACUUAUGAUCAGAUGGAGUUCCCAUUAGCGCUCCUUGAAUAUCUAAAUACACCAAUCAGUAAGGAGCUCGCUAGUCCAGCGGAGUUGUUAUAUAAUAGAAAACUCCGCAGUAUAGUUCCGUGUUAUCCAAAUUUAUUGUUACCAAAAAUUAAUACGGACGUAAUAAAUAAAUUAAAACGCCUUCAACAAAAGCAAAAAAUGUAUUACGAUAAAGGUGCUAGAAAAUUGAAAACACUAAUAAUUGGACAAAAAAUUAAAGUUCGAAUUAACAAAACAUGGGUACCAGGUUUUAUUAAAAGUAUUGUAGGUCCUAGGUCAUAUUUAAUAUGCAUGGCAACGGGUGGUGUAUUAAGACGAAAUAGGAAGCAUAUCAUAGUUGAUUCGAACCAAAGAAUCGAUGAAUCAUCUAAUCUACGCACACAGUACGAUGAUAUCGCUGUAAACAAUAACAAAACCUCCGCGCACGCGCCCUCCCCGCACGGCUCCAGUACUCAGCUGCGAGCGCCCCACUUGCAACAAUCUGAUAGAUCAACUGUUUUUAUCGUACACUUACCGGCAGGGAAGUGA